AUGCCCAUUGUCUAUUCUUUUACUAACGGAGACGCUUUAUCAAACGGUCUCAAUAGUUUUGUUGAAAAGGUUUCUCGUGAAGCUAUUGCUGAUCAUGGUCAUGUCUCGAUUGCCAUUUCUGGUGGUUCUUUACCCAAGAUUCUCUCUAAAGAACUCGCGUUCAAUAAAAACGUUGACUUUAGCAAGUGGCAUGUCUUUUGGGCUGAUGAACGCUGUGUAGCUCAUGACAGUCCUGACUCUAACUACCUCGAAGUCAAGAAAUCCCUUUUUGAUCAUAUUCCUCAAAUUCCUCAAGACAACAUUUAUCCUAUCCAUGAAAAGUAUGCUAUUGCCAAAGAUGCUGAGCAUGCUGCUCAAGACUAUGAAGAACAACUUAAAAAGUUCUUCAAGCACGAAUUGCCUUCUUUUGAUCUCGUCUUGUUAGGCAUGGGUCCUGAUGGUCACUGUUGCUCGUUGUUCCCCGGUCAUCCUUUGUUGGAAGAAACCCAACGUUGGCCUCCACCAGAGCGUAUUACUUUGACUUAUCCUGUUGUCAACAACGCCAAAUUGGUCGUAUUUGUGACUGCAGGUGAUGGUAAGAAGGACAUGGUGCAACAGAUCAUUGAACAGCCUGAAAAGAACUUGCCUUGUCAGCGUGUUAAGCCUGCUCAUGGUGGCAAAGUUUAUUGGUUUAUUGACGAUGCUGCUGCUUCUAAAUUAAGAAAAGAAUCGUGUUCAGAAUAUAAGUUGUAA